AACCACAUUUAAUACGAUGUAUUAAGUUUUAUUAUUUAUACAUUAUAUUAUUUUCAGCAAGGAUAUGCUCAGUUCACUUUAGUCAAGAGUCCUUUCAUCAAGGUCGAGCACGGAAAGACCCUGUUAAGAAACGCCACCUACUACCAUCGGCUGUGCCAACGUUGUUUUUCAAUUGUUCGGAAGCUCAAAAUGUAAACAAGUAAGUAUAUAAAAACACAUACACAUUUGUAUUUGUAACGUGGUGUUAUGUAAUUACAUAAAUGUACUUCUUUACAAGGAAUGCGGUGGCUGAACCAAACCUCAAGUUCAAUGUCCUCCGACGAGUAUUCCCAUUAGUUGUCAAUUCUGAAAGAAGAAUAGGAUCUUCAGAUACAAUUUCACCAUCAACUUCUCAUGUAGUUGUAGAAGACAACAUUGUAAAUAUUAGUACGCCAAAAGGAAUACGUAGGAGAAGUGACCGGUCGGAUGCAAAUGUCGACAUUGAAGAAGGUCCACCGGUGGCAUUUGGCCCUGAAAGACAAGUAUGCAAUUCAACACCAAGAAGGUAUGCUCACAGUGAUAUUUCUGAAAUUACUUUUCAGCAAGGUUUUAUUUUUAAUGAUCUUUUUUAUUCUGUUGAGCAGGUCUGUGGCAAGAAGACAGGACAAUUAAAAAAAUACUCCACAUUUGACGAGACUUGCAAGAAAUAAACACCGUCGACAAAGCAGCAGUGAUCCAUUGAGUCCAGCAUGGAAGCGUCGAAAACGGUAUUUACCAAUUUUACAAUAUUUCAUAUAUUAUAAAUACUUCACAGGAUCAUUUCUGUACUAUAUCUUCACAGUACCCAAAGCAAAGGAAAUAAUGUCCAAACACUGUCAAGAAAUAGAAAAAG